AUGGCCGGAAUCUUCGAAGCGCCGCGGAAUGCGGACACUCUCUUCUUGGGAGGGCAGAAAAUCACCGGUGCUGAUGUCCGGGAGCAGAACGUUCUUGCAACGCAGGCUAUUGCCAAUGUCGUCAAGAGCUCUUUCGGCCCCUCCGGCCUGGACAAGAUGAUGGUGGAUGAUAUCGGUGAUGUCACUGUCACUAACGAUGGCGCCACUAUUCUGAGUCUGCUGGACAUUGAGCACCCCGCCGGAAAGAUCCUCGUCGACCUGGCUCAACAGCAGGAUAAGGAGGUUGGAGAUGGAACCACCUCCGUCGUCCUGAUCGCUGCCGAGCUUCUACGACGUGCCAACGAACUGAUGAAGAACCGUAUCCACCCUACGACCAUCAUCACCGGCUACAGACUUGCGCUCAGGGAAGCCGUCAAAUACAUGAACGAGAACAUUGCCACAAAGGUUGAGACGCUUGGGAAGGAUAGCUUGGUCAACAUUGCGAAGACGUCGAUGUCUAGCAAGAUCAUUGGUUCCGAUUCCGACUUCUUCGCCAACAUGGUUGUCGAUGCCAUGCUUCAGGUCAAGUCCCAGAACCAGAGGGGCGAGAUCAAGUACCCCGUCAAGGCUGUGAACCUGCUGAAGGCUCACGGUAAGAGUGGAACGGAGUCUGUGCUGGUCAAAGGCUAUGCUCUGAACUGUACUGUGGCUUCCCAGGCCAUGACUACCCGGGUAACCGACGCCAAGAUCGCUUGUCUGGACAUGAACUUGCAGAAGGAGAGAAUGAAGCUCGGCGUUCAGAUCACCGUUGAGGACCCCGACCAGCUGGAGAAGAUCCGUGAGAGAGAGUCUGGUAUCGUUCUUGAGCGGGUCGACAUGAUCCUCAAGUCUGGAGCCAACGUCGUUUUCACAACCAAGGGUAUCGAUGAUAUGGUCCUCAAGGCUUUUAUCGAGAAGGGUGCCAUGGCCGUUCGCCGCUGCAAGAAGGAGGACCUGAGACGCAUUGCCAGGGCCACUGGCGCAACCCUGGUCAGCUCGCUCUCGGACCUCAAUGGUGACGAGAAGUUCGAGGCCUCGAACCUGGGACACGCAGAGGAAGUCGUGCAAGAGCGGAUAUCGGAUGACGAGUGUAUCCUCGUGAAGGGUACCAAGGUCCACAGCUCGGCCUCCAUAAUCCUGCGUGGCGCCAACGAUUUCAGCUUGGACGAGAUGGAGCGUUCGGUGCACGAUUCUCUCUGUGCUGUCAAGCGAACAUUGGAGAGCGGCAGCAUCGUGCCCGGCGGUGGUGCAGUCGAGACGGCCCUUCACAUCUACCUUGAAGAGUUUGCUGUCACGGUGGUACGUAUCCAAUUCAAAAAAAACCUCUCGAAGCAGACCGCUAACAACUCCUCCAACCAGGGCUCCCGGGAACAACUCGCCAUCGGUGAAUUCGCUCAGUCCCUCCUGGUGGUUCCCAAGACCUUGGCUGUCAACGCAGCCAAGGACUCGUCCGAACUCGUGGCCCAGCUCCGAGUGCGCCACGCUCUUUCCCAGCGGGUGCAGGAGGGUGAUGCCAACGAGGAAGAGAAGGCCAUUGCCAAGAAGAAGACGUACCGCAACUACGGUCUGGAUCUGAUGAAGGGACGCGUUCACGAUACUCUCAAGGCCGGUGUGCUGGAGCCCAGCAUGGGUAAGGUCAAGCAGCUGAAGAGUGCUGUGGAGGCCUGUAUCGCCAUCAUGCGUAUCGACACCAUGAUCAAGCUGGACCCCGAGCCGCAGCAGGAUGACGGACACGGUCACUAA